AUGGAGCGGCAUCAACAGCAACCCUCUGCAGAAGCCUCUUUUCCUCCCAGGCGCCCUGAUGGCCCCUCGGCUCGUGACCAUCUCUCUCAUAACAGUGACGCUGCCCCUGCAGGAGUUCUGUCAUACGGUGCCUCAGAGAAGGGAGUGCCGUCUUUGAGAGCAACGCUGCGACAUACUGUGGCAUACGUGGACAGGGCUUCUGCAGUGCCUUAUGGACAAACUCCAAUCGGUACGUUCCAGAGAAGCGUGAUUUCCCCUCCUAGCGCGUUUGUGCAGGCACCCGCCACCCAGCCACUCUCUGGCAGCUCUGUUGGACCCAGGACGAAUCCCACGUCCACUGUGACGCCCACUGGCGUGCCAGUCACCUUGCAUUUUGACCCACACCGCUCUUCUCCGUUUGAACUCUCCAAGUUUGAUAGGCGCGAUCCAUACGUCCACUUCUAUAUCCCUGUUGAUUGCCCCUUAGCUCGGCGAUGCUGGGAUGGCGUCUGCCCUUUGGCACACACGAAACUCGAAAAGAUUUUUCAUCCGAUUGUAUACAAGACACAAAGGUGCCAGAUGGCUUUAGCUGAUUCUGGUCGAUGUCCAUAUAUUAACAAGUGCGCUUUCUUUCACACCGAAGAGGACAGAAGAGAAGCGGAGUUACGGUGGAAGGCUUGGGAAGCUGAGUGGGCUUGUUGGCGCCAACAAAUAGACGAACUGUUACGUAGGCAUCACAAGCUUGAGGAGGACAUCAGACGGAAAGUUGAAGGAAUAAUCAAAAUCCGCAUGCCGCGGUCUUCACCAAGCGACCUGUUAGGGGGAGGAGCUUUGCAGAAGCGGGACUUGGUGGCGAGGCCAUGGCUGGGGUCGCCGACACUGGAAGAACACCUUCUGCGUCACGUCUCGAGCAGUCUGUGGGUUUGUGUGGCCUGA